CCAAGCCUGAUAAAGUUCGGGUGAGAAGUCGCGCGCCUCCGCGAUGUUCCAAGAUGGCGGGCACAACAAGCAGGCUCCUGCUUGUCACCGUAUGGUCGGCGCUGGUUUUGUGCCUCUCAGCUUUCCUCAACAUCGAAGAACUGAACGAGAUGAAGUACGGCAUCGAGAUCCUCUCGGACCCCAUCAUCAAAGGGCAGUCAAAAUCAGAUGAUAUUGUAAUAGUUUCUUCAAAAUACAAGCAGAUGUACGAGUGCCGGCUGCCGGCUCAAGCCAUGAAGUUUCAGCAGGAUUCUGAAGAUGAAGAACAGUCUUAUACAGGGCUAGACAUUUCUGAACUGUUGAAGCCAAUGCAUGCAGCAUCUUGCCUUGUAAAGGUCAAGGAAUGGUGGACUUACGAAUUUUGCUACGGCCAGUAUAUCAAGCAGUACCACACAGAAGAUUCUGAAGUUAAAGGAGAUGUGAUGUAUCUUGGGUUUUAUGAAUCUGAAUUUGACUGGAGCAAUGAAACUGCAAAGGCCUCAAAGCAGCACAAAUUGAAGAGGUAUCAUAGUCAGACUUACGUGAAUGGAUCCAAGUGUGAACUGAAUGAAAAACCAAGAGAGGCUGAAGUGAGAUUUAUGUGUGAAGAAGGAUCGGGAGAUUUCAUCGCUCGAGUGGAUGAACCUCAGUCGUGCAAUUAUGUGCUAACAAUACACACCACUCGUAUCUGCCAACACCCUUACUUGCGCCCCACCAUUGUCUCCAAACCUCACCCAAUUAAAUGCCAGCCUGCGCUCAGCCCAGAGCAGUAUGUUGAAUAUGUCAAAGCCCAAGUCUCUGACACCAAGCGCAAAGUGGAAAAAAUCUCAGAAGAAUUGAAAACCUUGGAUGAAAUGCUUUUGAAAGACCAAAAUACACAGAGCAAGGAAGAGGCCGGGCUGACUCAGGAAGCUAGUAAUCAACCCGAGGAGCUUCCAGUCAGCAACAAGAGUAUAUUUGAAAUGGAAGGAAGUGAAGCUUUCAAUUCACCUGAGGCGAUUGAGGAGGAUGACUAUGGUGAGGAUUUCUGGAAUAAAAUCAGCAAACCAGAGACUGUCGAUCCCUUUUCAGAAGAAAAGCUUGAAGAGGCUGACUCUAAAUUGAGUGAAACGGUUCAAACUGGGGAAGAUGAUCCUCUGGAUGACCAAGGAAAUGAGAAAAUGCAGUUCAGAAUAAUACGGAAUCCCGAUGAUCUUGCAAAAUUAGUUCAAGAAUUAAAAGACCAAACUGAAAAGCGGAAAGGAGAGGACAAGGAUCCGACCGAGAGCUCUGCAGAAUAUCCUGAGGACCGAGCCGAACAAGACGCCUCGGAAAAGCAAGAGGAGACAGUAGAUGAUGAAGAGACUGAGCUCCUGAAAGACUUUGAAAAGGAACUGGAAGAAGUGUCUCUACCCAAAUCAAAAAUGUCUGAAAUCAAAAGGGAAGUCAAGGAAGAAAUGGAGAAGGAGUUUGAAAACCUUAUUGAUGAAGCACAAGAUGAGCUUGAAGCAGAGGGUCUCAAAGGGGAAUUUGAUCGCAAUCAAGCCUCCAAGACUUUGGUUACGACCCUAAACAAACUCAUUGAUAAGCUUGAAGACAAAGAAGCUUCGAACAAAGAGGACAGUGACCCAGCCAAGGGUAGUCCCAGUCACUCUCCCAAAAAAACACCAGAAACUGAUGACGACACUGAAGGGCACGUUAAAGUCCGAGUCACAAAAAUCAACCCAAGCAGUCCGCUGCGUAAAGAAAUGAAAGUGCGUGAAAUGAGUAGCACAGAUCCCCAACUCCGGCAGAUUCAGAAUGUGGUGCAAGAGCAGCUGGAGAAAGCGGGAUUGAAAGCUGAAGGCAAAAUUGAAGUGAAGAUCGUCACAACUGGAUCACUUGGGGAUGAUGAUGACGAUAUGCAUUGGCUAUCUGAAGAAGACACCAAAUCCUUCCGAGAACUACUCAUCAAUUUACUGACUGGCGGCAGUGAAGAGGUUUAUAAAGAACAACAGAGGCAGCAACAAUUGGAGGAUAAUUAUCGCUUUGUGUGGGGGGAAAGCCAAGAAGAAGCACAAUCAUCGAGCAACACGGAUUCUGAUGAUAUGGACUUCUAGGGACAUGCGACUCUCAGUAUAAUUCAAGCACAUCUCUGGGUGUUAGCACAUGAACCAGCCAAUUUGCACUUUGCCAUGUGUAAUGGCACAUUUAUUGUGAUCAAUGAUCGCAAUCAAUAAUAAAUGAACCUGCAGAAGAAUGGUCAUAAUUUUCUAUUUUUAUUGAUGAGCUAAAAUGGAAUUUUGUGUUUAUCGGGUACAGUCCUUUGUGUGUUGGGCGAUGGGCCAUGUUAAUAUCUUAUGAAUGUGUAUCUUAGUAAUGAACCUUGCCUCUGAAACAAUGGGCAUCCUUCUCAACUUUACUGAGAAACAUGUUCUCAUGCGUGGGGCAAGGCCCGGUAAGGAAAUGGAGAGCGAGCACACUGUAAUGAAUGUAAUGUUAUUUUAAUCCCCAAAAUGGAUUUCUCUCCCAGUUGAAAGUAGCAAGCUGGGCAGGGGAAGUAUCUAAAGCUGAGAAUGCUGAGCAACCUGGUGUUAAAUCUGAUUGCGAAUCGCUACAUUACCAGUAUCAAGGCAGCCGACCUUUAAUCGGAGUCCGCAAUUCCAAUCUUUAUGCUUCAAGUUGUUGGGAGGGCUGUAUUUCUUUUCCACUGGUGGUGUUUCAGCCAUGUUAGACAAAGUCAGAGAUCCAAAUCCUUUUAAUAUACAUACCAAUGACCAAGAUUGCCUUGUGGUAAUUUUGGAAUGGCAACUUGCUGCUAAAAAAAUAGCCAGUUUGAUGACAGCAUUCAUCUUGCCUUUAGUAAAUAGCUAAAUACCAGAUAUUUGUCUCUGGUAGCUAACCAGUCAUUUUAUUAAAAUUUGUAUGUAUGUCUGCCUCUUUUUAAUAUGAAUCUUUUGUGCUUGUUGCUUUAAUUCAAGAAUGUACGGAUUUGCUUUGUGAAUAAUGCAACCAUUGCAAUGAAAGUUUCCCAUGAGACCAAGUAGAUACCUACUUCCUCUGAUUAAUACUUGGACAACACUGUGAUUGAAUAAUGUUUAAUAAAACACAGUAUCCAGUU